AUGAAGAGCCAAGGAAAGAGCCAUAGAAAGUGUCAAAGUAAGAGCCAAGCGAAGCGACAAAGCGAGCUACAGGAAGAGCCAAGGAAGAGUCAAAAGAAAGAGCCAAAGGAUGAGCCGAAGGUAGAGCCAGCGGAGGAGGCAAGGAUAGAGUCAAAUGAAGAGCUAAAGAAAGAGCCAAAAGAAGAACCGGAGAAAAAUCCAAAGGAAGAGCCAAAUGAAGAGCUAAAGAAAGAGCCAUUAGAAGAGCAAAAGGGAGAGCCAAAGAAAGAGCCAAAGGAAGAACCGCAGGAAGAGCUAAAGGAAGAGCCAAAGGAAGAUGCAAAUGAAGAGUCAAAAGAAGAACCGGUGGAAGAUCCAAAUGAAGAGCCAAAGAAAGUGCCAAAAAAAGAACCGGUGGAAGAGUCAAAUGAAAAGCCAAAGAAAGUGCCAAAGGUAGAGCCAAAGGAAGAGUCAAAUAAAGAACGAAGGGAAGAGCCAAGGUAA